UGCGACUGUCAAAUUGUGUUCCCUAUUCUCGUCAAAAGUCGUCUGUUUGUUGCUGUUGAGUACAACCGAGGCGACCACUGGAGCUGUGUGCAGUCAGAGCACUGACACAUGAACGCAUCUCCUCUCUUCUGGACGCUCCUUUCUGCACUUCGAUGUGUUUUGGAGGAGAAGACUAAGAGAGAAGGUUUUCUGGUCGUCUUGUGAACCAACGCUGGAUUGUUUUCAAACAGUUUUACCCACCAAACACCACGUCGCUUUCUUUCAUCGUGUCUUCAGUUACGCACUGAAGGUUUUACGCGUCGAGCUGUGUCUUCAGGAGGAGGAGGAUAAAGAGACGCGGCUCCGCGGUGGAGACUUGUUGCGCAUCCGGAGAGAGAGAGAGAAAGAGAAGCGCACCAGCCCAGUUUCCAUCCAAACAGACUCUACCUGCCUGCGUGUGAUGCUCUGAUUUCUGAGUGGAGCUGAAUGGACUGAAUGGACUCAGUGGAGGCUGGUGGAAAUAUUUCUUGGUGGUGCUGUGGUGCCACAUCCAAUCGAUUUCAGCAAAGUAUGAUUUAAUGCAAAAAAGUGAAGCGCCCACUAUUGGCCGGCCAACACUGGAAUGGACUGAGUGGAUCAGCCUGAAGUCACCGCGGCUCUGUGCGCACUGACUAUGAGAAUCUGCUCAUAAUUAAAGACCAUCGGGAUGUCUGAGCGUGAUGGAUAUGGAGACGCGCUGUGCAGCGACGGAGCGCCGGAUUUCAUCCCGCCCAGAGCGUCCCGCGGCCGGCGGAGCGGAGUCAUCCUGCCCGGUAGUGGCGGUCAGGACACCGACACCAUCCUCCUGGACGCGGUGAAGGCAGCACCUCGCAGGAGCAGCAUCAUUAAGGAUCCCUCGGUGCAGAAGGUGGGCGGAGGCAGAAAGAAGACUGUGUCCUUCAGCAGCAUGCCCUCUGAGAAGAAGGUGAGCAGUGCAGCAGACUGCUUGGCGUUCAUGCAGGGCGGGUGUGAGCUAAAGAAGAUCCGGCCCAACUCCAGGGUUUACUGUCGUUUCUACACGCUGGACGCCGACCUCAGCUGCCUACGCUGGGAGCCGUCUAAGAAGGACGGGGACCGGGCUCGGCUGGACGUCUCCAGCGUCCGAGAGGUUCGCACCGGGAAGAGCACCGAGACGUUCAUCCACAACGGCCCUCUCUCUGAACACCUGGCUGAGGAAGCGGCCUUCUCCAUCAUACAUGGGGACGACUACCAGUCUCUGGACUUGGUUGCAUUGUCGGCAGAUGUGGCCAACAUCUGGGUGACGGGCCUUCGCUACCUGCUGGCCCACCCCUCAAUCAUCGGGGCUGCUGGGGGAGGUUGUGGAGGAGUAGGAGGGCUGGGUGAAGGAGGGGGCUUUGCGGUAGACGGCACCCUGGGAGGGAAGAUGAGGAGCGAGUGGCUGGCGGCGGAGUUCGCCCAGGUGGAUGAAGACGGCUACGGCAUCGUGUCAGAGGAUGUGGCCGUCGCCACCAUCUGUAAACUCUGCCCCGGUAUCAAGGAAGCCAAGGUGCGUCUGCGUUUUAAGGAGAUCCAGCGCAGCAAGGAGAAGCUGACCUCCCACGUGACGCGUGAGGAGUUCCACGAGGCCUUCUGCGAGCUCUGCACCCGGCCUGACGUCUACUUCUUAUUGGUGCAGCUGUCGAAGGACCGCGAGUGUCUGGACCCUCAGGACCUCCGCCUCUUCCUGGAGACGGAGCAGGGUUUGUCUCUGGCGACGACCGAGGGCUGCUGGGAGCUGCUGAGGCGCUGCGAGCCCUCGGCCCAGGGCAAGGAGAGAGGGCUGCUGGGUAUGGAUGGAUUCGCCCGCUACCUGCAAUCUCCAGAGUGCCAGCUGCUCGACCCGGAGCACCUGGGGGUUUGUCAGGACAUGAACAUGCCUCUGUCCCACUACUACAUCAGCACCUCGUACCGCUCCUACCUGCUGGAUGACCAGGUCCACGGCAGAGCCGACCUCGGCGGGUUGAUCAAGGCGCUGCAGACCGGCUGUCGAUGCGUGGAGCUGGGAGUGACUGACGGCCCAGAGGGGGAGCCUCUCCUCGGGGUCGACUAUGGGCCAGAUAUCCCCCGCCACCAUCAUCACCACCACCAUCACCACCACCACCAUGCGCCCGUCACUAUCCGCUCUGCUCUGGAGGUAGUCAACAAGUACGCCUUCCUGACCUCUCAGUACCCGCUCUUGGUGUACUUGUGCCAGCGUUGCUCUCCCGGCCAGCAGCGUACCAUGGCUCAGCAUUUAAAGAAAGUGUUUGGCUCCCGUCUUUACACCCCAGAGGCCCUCCAUGUCAACCUGGCGGGGCGAGUCACCACCUUACCCUCCCCUGAGCAGCUGAAGGGACGCAUCCUAUUAGUGGGGAAGAAGCUCCCUCCGGAGCAGAACGGCUCUGAUGGGGAGGUAUCUGAGGAGGAUGAGGAGAUAGGAGGAGGGGGGCCUCUGGCAGGACGGCGAAUGACCAUCCCUGGCGAGGAAGAACUAGGCGUGGUCUUGGUGGUGCCGCCACCCUCUCAACCCAGGAAGCUGCGCCUCCACAAAGAUCUGUCCGACCUGGUGGCGAUUGCUCGCACGGGCAGCCGCAACUUCUACGCCCAGAGAGCCAGUCACAAACACGCUCAGCAGCAGUCGCCGCCCAGCAGCCCCUCCUCGCCCAGCACGCCGCUGCCUCCUGAGCCGCCUUAUUGGACGCUGUGCUCCCUGGGCGAAGGAGAGGCCGGGCGCCUGACCACCGAGAGCCCAGAGGACCUUGUAAUGUUCACCAAGCGCAUCCUGACCAGGGUACGACCCAGCUCAGUGCGUCUGGACUCCAGUAACCCCAACCCACAGGGAUACUGGAAAGGAGGGGUCCAGCUCGUGGCCUUGAACCAGCAGACCCCCGGUGCCAUGCUUGACCUUCACAGAGGUCGCUUCUCACAGAACGGAGGGUGUGGUUAUGUUCUCCGACCGGCUGUAAUGAGGGAUGAGGUGUCGUAUUUCAGUGCUCACACGCAGGGCUGUGUGCCAGGAGUGCCAGCUCAAACUCUACGGAUUAAGGUGAUCAGUGCUCAUAACCUGCCCAAGCCUCAGGGGUCAGGGGCUAAGGGAGAAGUCAUUGACCCGUACGUGGUCCUGGAGCUGCACGGCGUACCAGCUGACUGCGCUGAACAGCGGACACGCACCGCUGCUCAGAACCAGGACGACCCACUCUUUGACGAGACCUUUGAGUUUCAGGUGAACAUGCCGGAGCUGGCCUUGCUGCGCUUCGUGGUGUUAGACGACGACUACAUCGGAGACGACUUCAUCGGCCAGUACAGCGUGGCCUUCGAGUGCCUUCAGCCCGGCUACCGCAACGUGCCCCUGCUGGGCCUGGCGGGAGAUCCCUUACCCCACACCAGCCUGUUUGUCCACGUGGCGAUCACCAACCGGCCAGGAGGCGGGAAGGCCCAGCGGCGAGGUCUGUCGGUGAGGAGAGUGGGGAGGCGAGGGCGGGAGUACGUCACGCUGAGGCACACCGGCAUCAAGGUGGUGGAUGAGACUUUCAAACCGGCUAGUGCCCCCAUCAAAGAGGCUACGGACAUGCGGGAGGAUGCUCAGAGCACCACCGCCAGCUUCAAAGAGCAGUGUGGGCUCCCCAUGGUGGCCAAACUCAAGCAGUGCAUCCAGAGCCUGGCCACCAGGCUGCAGAGCCCCGAGGGCGCCAUGGGGGCCACCAUGGUGCUGAAGGAGGGCUACCCGUGUCUGGAGCCUCUGGUCAACCUCUCAGAGCCGACGCGCAAGCUGCUCACCGCCUACGACACGAUGAUCGCCGCCCAGAAACAGCUGAUUGAGAACGCGGAUGCUGUUCAGGAGAGGAUCGCCCAGGUGCAGAGAGAUGGAAUGGACUUCCAUGAGGAGCUCUCUCGGCUCGGGGAUAAGGAGGGACUGAAGGGACGCAAGCUGAGCAAAGCUGUGGAGAGUUUCACCUGGAACAUCACCGUGCUCAAGGGUCAGAGCGAUCUGUUGCGAGGAGCUAAGAUGGAUUCCCUGGAUGCCCUGAGGCAGCUGGCUCUGGCCUGUGAAGCCUGUGGACUCACCUCCUCCUCCUCUUCCUCCAACUCCUCGUCGUCCACCUUCUCCACAGCCGAGCUGCACUACUCCUCCCACCCUCUGUCUGGCCGCCGGAGCAGCACACACGGCAACGGACGCAUCUGACGACGGAGAAGAUAACAGAGAAGAGGAGACAUGAGAGCGAGAACGAGGGUGUAAAAAAGCACCACAGGAGACUUUCUCUCUGGCAGAGUGAAUCCCUUUAUACAGUGCAGUAUGAUGUGUCUAGACUAGCCUAGACCAGAGCAGUAUAUCUGUUAAAGCCUUACGGUGAGUUCAUCAACUUAUCACUGAAGGUCCCGGGCCUGCAGAGAGGCUUUUCAUGAAUGUCGUAACUCCGCCGCGGAAAAGCAAAAGACAGACUCUCCACACACGUGUUCUUGAACUUUCGACGGCUGCCGCUUAUUUUUCUGUGAGAAAACGUGUGAUUCAACUUUGUAACUCUGCGGGUUUUCCUCAUUAGAGAGGAAAUAAUAGACAGCUGAAUAAUUAGUGACAACGGGGCUGUUGUGGAGCUCAUGUUUGCGGUCCUGUUGGUGUUUAGAGGAGCAGAUGUUGAGCUGAUGGACAAGUUAUUCUCUGCCUCAGCACUGCAGCUUGUCUCCGGGGGAGGCAACAAGAUUACCUGUGUGUGUGUGUGUGUGUGUGUGUGUUUACAGUGUUGCAGUUGGUGGAAGGUGCUUUAAGAGAUUGAUUGACAGGAUGUGACUCACAGAAACACACAGGUGGAAACUAAUUCAAUUAGCCUAGAUUUUUAGUUACUACGCAUAGUACUAUGGUACUCCUACUUUUGUUUGUAUACGUAACUACAGUUAAUGCAAUUUAACUUAUGCAGUAGCUUAACGUAAAAACAACAACAACACAGUCCUCGAGCAUCUAAAGGAGUAGACAAAGAGUUUAUUCAACUUAGGAUGAUGUCACAUAAAGUAGGUCUUGAUAUCAUGGAUGGAUUACUGAACGGGUCUGACGGGCACAGGGUCAGGGGCCCAAAGUGUUUUCACCUACAAAAAGCCACUCAAAGAGACACCUACCAACAAGGAAGAGACUCAAAAUGACCACAAAGAAACUAAAAAUGACUACAAAUUGAUAUAAAGCAACUAUAAAGAGACAAAACCUGACUACAAAGCCACUGAAAAUGACUACAACGAGUCACAAAAUGACUACAAAGAGACACAUAACAACCACAAAGAGACAUAAAACGACUACAAAGAGACAACAUGACUACAAAGAGACACAAAACAACAGCAGACAAAAAAUAACCACAAAAAGACCAAAACAAUUACAAAGUGACACAAAACCACCGAGAGAUGUGUAACGACUACAAAAAGAGGCUGAACAUCUAUAAAGUCUGUGUGUCUUUGGUAGGACAGGUGGUGGGGCAUUUUGCAUGUCUGUGACCAGGGACCCAUUGUUUGAUAAUCUGCCCAUGUUUUAUAUCAACAUGAAACCUUUUACCUGAUCAAGUGAACGCACCCUGGGCUGUCCGUCGUGUUCAAAUCUGAAAAACAUGGCGGCUGUUGUGGUGACGUCAAAUUCCUCCAAAUCUAGCGGACAAAAUGAGUUUCUCAAUGAAUUUCAGAUGGAAAAUAGAGCUUAUCUAAAGUAUCAACGGUUAUUAAUGAUGCCUAGGAGUUUGGAGAGGUGGAAAGUCUGAUUCAUCUUAACAUUUGCUGAUUCAUCUAAUGGACUGAGCUCUGGAGUCGUUGUUCGGUCUGUUUAAAGGCCUGAAAUAACUCCACAGAUUAGUUCAAACAUGCUAAUCACCCAUCAGAGGUGCAGUCUUAUUUGACAGAGGAUUUCUAAACUUUAACUCAAGCACACAAAGAUCCCCUUGCAACUCUGAGCACACACACAUUUCCUCAUCUACCUGCUUUGUUUAUGUAUUAUGUGAAACAACCAGCAGCAGCGUGCAUACACACACACACACACAGGCUCUUGUUAACUCCACCUCAUGGCCUUUGAGCCUGUCAUGUUCACUCGGAGAGGGAAACACAAGGAGAGGAGGUGUAGUGGAGGAGAGACACGGUAAUUGGAGAAGUUGUGGAUGUGUGUUGAUACUGUAGUACUACGUGUGGAUCACAUAACCUCCUCACUGUACCAACAUGUGGGGUAAUGAACGCUCAGAGUCUGUACAUGAGUGUGUGUGUUUUUGUGUGUGUAGAACAGAUUCCUGCAGCAUUGAUGAAGUACACUGUAUUGAUGUAGCAAUAAUACUAAUGGUGAGUUACAAGAAAGUCGCCGAGGCUCAAUGUGUACUGACUGGAGGAUUGAAAACAAUAUAACUAACGUUAUAGCUCAGUGAUGCUUAUAAAUGUGUAUGAAAACAAAGCAGGUGCUACUGA